CACUCGGCGCCGCGAGGAAGGCUCCGCGUGGAGGAUGGAGGGGUGCGGAGCAGCGGCGGCUCCGGGCCCCGAGGGGCCUAGCGGGGAAGGCUCGGUCCCCGCUCUCUGCCAGACUUCAGCCGCGGGUCCGGUCCCUGAAGUUCUCCAGGCUGCAGCCCGCCGCAAGGCCGCCAAGAAGAAGAAGAAAGAGGCGGCGGUGGCCAUCCCCCGGGGCAGGCCCAAGUCGGGUCGGGUGUGGAAGGACCCGGGCAGGAAGAGGUUCUCACUGAUGGUGCAGGACAAACCUCUUCGCACUUCGUGGGAACGGAAGCUGAAGGAGCGGCAGGAGAAGAAGCUUGUGCGGGACCUGGUGCGGCAGUUGCAGGAGGCGAAACAGAGGGAGAGAGAGGAGAAGAAGCGGCGGCGGGAGGAGAACCUCAGAAGGCGGCUGGAGAAUGAGCGGAAGGCAGAGAUUGUUCAAGUGAUCCGCAACCCAAUGAAGCUCAAGCGGGCAAAGAAGAAGCAGCUGCGCAGGGUGGAGAAGCGGGACACGCUGGCCAUGCUCCAGAAGGCGCCCGUGCGGUGCAGAGCAGCUGCAGAGUGAGGCUGGAGUUCUGCAGGUCCUGUUGUUCUCUGUGGCCUCAGCUCUGAAUGGACAGCAGGACGGAGAAGGAUCCAGCUGCUGCGUGCCCUGCCUUGUGAAACCAGGUUGUUGUCAGUGCCUGGGGCUGGACUGAGAACUGCCCAAAUCUGCCUUUUCUUCAUUAAAAGCGAAGAGAAAUUGC